UUUCUAAGCUCAUCUAAGCAGUUUGUACAGGUUUGGCAUAAGUUAAUGUCUUCUUGAAAUAUUAACACUCUAAUGUUGGGACUUGGCGAGAUUUUGAUCAACAUGCUAUGGUUCAUUUAGGUUGAACAAGCCUCUUGAUUCUUUUUUACAGUUAGAUUCGUUUCUUGAUGCACACAAGGUGGUGUUUCAUCAUCAAUUCAUGGAUUCUACCCUCUUAACUGCUUUUAUACGUAUUGGUAAUCUGUAAACUGUUGAGUGGAAUGAAGACGUCAAGGAAUGCCCCCUUUUGAAGUUCAAGAGCGACUAUUGCUUGGGAACAAUGGAAAACAAGGGAUUGUUGCAGAGUAGGGAACUCUAUCAGUACCUCCUGGAGACUAGUGUCUAUCCACGUGAACUGCAGCCUCUCAAGGAGCUAAGGGAUGUUACUGCAAGUCAUCCGUGGGCCACUAUGGCAACUGCCCCAGAUGCUGGUCAGUUGAUUGCCAUGCUCUUGAAACUAAUAAGUGCCAAAAAGACAAUAGAGAUUGGUGUCUUUACUGGAUACUCCCUACUGCUUACUGCCCUUACAAUACCAGAUGAUGGCAGGAUUGUAGCAAUUGACCAGAACAGAGAAACAUUUGAGAUAGGGCUGCCAAUCAUAAGAAAAGCUGCAGUUGAGCAUAAGAUCGACUUCAUUGAAUCCGAGGCUCUUCCAGUUCUUGAUAAACUCCUUGAAGAAAAUCUUAACCAUGAAGCCUUUGACUUUGCUUUUGUUGAUGCGGACAAAUUAAAUUAUCUGAAGUACCAUGAGAAACUGUUGAAAUUGUUAAAGCUUGGUGGAAUAGUUGUAUACGACAACACACUUUGGGGAGGAACAGUGGCCUUGCCGGAAGAAUCUGUGGCUGGGGAAAUGAAAGCAGGCAGGCAUUUCACAAUUGAGUUCAACAAAUUGCUAGCUGCUGAUACCCGAGUUCAAAUAUGCCAGGUUCCUCUGGGUGAUGGGAUUACUAUUUGUAAGCGUCUCCACUAAGCUUAUGCUGGAGUACUUAUUUGGUAGCUGUAAAUUUCUGUUCUUUAUCAACAUGCUUGUAAGCACGAAGUUGUGGAGUUGAGAUUCUUGUUUUGUGUUAAUAUCAGCCUUCAGUACAAGAUUUUAAUGCCUUUUUGAAAUAGAUAAAAGAAGUCAUCGUUGGAAGGAAA